AUGGCAGAACUUGGACUGGCAGUAUUUGCAACACUGGAUCUUUGUUUUAAGUAUGGUAAACAGCUUGUGGAAUUCUGCCGCGAGCAGCGUCGCUUGGAGCGCGAUAUCGAAAAUAUCUCGUUGGUCAUAGAAAGUGUUUGGAUCAAGACACAGUUUCAGUUAGACUCAUUGAAACGUUUAUGGCAGUCGGAUACUAUCGAACCUGUCCUCCAGGACCAUUACGCCAAGGUUAUUGAAACUCUCCAGGUGAUAUUACUUGCGGCUGUCAGCAAAUUUUCAGAAGUCUAUAUUCGCAAUAUUUCUGCCGCUUCUUUUCCUAAAAAGGCACGGGCGAUUUAUUUGAAAAAGGACCUUCAAAAGGUGGUCAACGACCUGGAAGAGUGGCAACGCCGCUUUGAUCCCUCAUGGUAUCUCAUAUCUCGCAUCGCGGAGCCAAAAGUGGACCUGGAGCUGGAGAGGUCAACGCAAGCAAGUGAUCCCCACACAUUAAGACUCUCAAAAAUCAGACAUGCAAUACAGCAGUCAUCGUCAGAGUCAAGUGGGAGCUCAACCUCUAUUUUCGUCAAUUCAGAUACAAUUGGAUCAAGUCUAGAAAGCAUCCCUAGAACAACCGCUUACCUAUCAAGUUUCACGAUUGAUGGUCGACUGGCUCUAUUAGACAGCGCAAACUUUGCCGGUGAUGCACCUUCUCCGGUGAAAAAAACACACAUUCGUGACAUGGCGAGACUAUUGCUGAAUGUCGAUCCGAUGUCAUUUGGCCUCCUCAAAUGUGAAGGCGUGGUAGAGAGGAGCUCAUCUCAAGAUUUUCAAUUUCAAUUCAUUUUCGAGGUACCUCAGGGCUUAACAUCACCGAAGUCCCUGAGGAAUAUUAUUUUGGAGAAGCCCCAAUGCUCUCUCAGUAAGCGGGUUCAGCUUGCUCUACAACUCGCCCGUUCGGUAAUGUUCGUUCAUACGACCGGUUUCGUGCACAAAAAUAUCCGACCAGAGACAAUUAUCGUCUUUACUCAGGAAGGUCAAGAUUUAGGACCAUCGUUCUUGAUUGGAUUUGAGCAGAUUCGACGUGCAGAUUCCCACACCAACCGCCUAGGUGAUCUGAAUUGGGAACGAAAUAUUUAUCGUCACCCCGUCAGACAAGGACUCCGGCUAGAGGAAACUUUUACGAUGCAGCAUGACAUUUACAGUCUGGGUGUAUGCUUGCUGGAACUUGCAUUGUGGCACUCCUUUGUGCAUAUUGAGAACGGCACUACCACUCCUUGGGAAGAGCUUGAUAUUGCAAGGUACUUCGGCGAAAAGGAUGCCCGUACGAGGGGGUUCGCUGUCAAGCACCAACUAGUUGCAUUGGUAAAAGAUCGACUGCCUAGCCUAGUGGGAGACCGAUACACCGAUGUGGUUCUCGCUUGUUUACGCUGCCUAGACCAUGGCGAUGACAAUAUCUUCACAUCGCGCGACGCUGGAAUCAAGGACAAGGAUGGGAUGAUAGUUGGGGUUCGUUAUAUUGAAAAUAUUCUCUCUCAGCUUGAGGAUUUACACGUUUGA